AUUAAAAAAGAUAUAUUUUUCCUUUUGUAUUUUUAAUAAUAAAAAAAGAAUAAAAUAAAAGAAUGAAUAAUUUCCGUAGAGAAGAUUUCGAUUUCGAUGAUAUGAUCGAUGAGGAGAACUUAAUGGAAAAUUUAGGUGAUCAUGGUAAAACUUUAGUCCACACAGAUUUUUUUAAUGAUUUUGAAGAUGACUUAGAUGAUGAAGAUGAUAUAAUUGGCUUUUCUGUACCAACCAACAAUAACAAUAACAAUAACAACAACAAUAAUAACAAUAAUAACAAUAACAAAAAGUAAAUACUCAUCUCAACUGUACAUCAACCUUACAUAGUCAAACAAAUCAAAAAUUCAACAUCAACAAUUUUACCCUUAAAAAAUAGAUCAUUAUUAUAUUUAUAAACUUAAUAAAAUUUUUUAUUAAAUUCU